CCCUCAAAUGGCGCCGGCGUUAGGGAACGCCGGGAGAGCGCGCGAGCUGGGCUGGGAGCUGGAGUCUUGCAAUCAGCCUAGCUCAUUUUCGAGCCACCCUUGAGUUCUGUUGAAACUGGAUGAAGAAAAAGAAUGGAUAUGGGUAACCAACAUCCAUCUAUCAAAAGGCUGCAAGAAAUACAAAAAGAAGUCAAAGAGUUUGAAUCUCAAGUAGUAGCCUUCAGUGGUUUGUCCAGUGAUAGAGCUUACAAGAAAUUAGAAAGGACUUUGACUAAACAGCUUUUUGAAAUAGAUUCUGUGGAUGCUGAAGGAAGAGGUGAUGUUCAGCAAGCCAGAAAGAGGGCUGCCCAAGAAACUGAGAAACUGCUUAAGGAACUGGAGCAGAACGCAAACCAUCCCCAAAGGCUGGAGAUAGAAUCCAUAUUUAACGAGGCACAAGCAUUGGUGGAGCAGGAAACCACUGCUUUUUAUAAAGGAGGCAACUGUGUAACUGAGGAAUUUGAAGAAGGUUUACAGGAUAUAAUUUUUAGACUCACUCAGGUAAAAACCGGAGGGAAAAUUUCUCUGCGGAAAGCCAGAUAUCGCACCCUGACCAAAAUAUGUGCUGUUCAAGAAAUUAUAAGUCGUUGUACAAAGCAGCAGCCUUCCCUGCCAUUGUCCAGUGAUGCACAUCCUUCUGUUUCCAAAAUUAAUUCUGUCAUAGGAGAUGUGAACAAAGCAAAAGGGACUCUUAUUGCUGUAUUAAUGGGAGUAAAUAACAAUGAGACCUGCAGACAUUUAUCCUGUGUACUCAUAGGUCUGAUUGCUGAUCUGGAUGCCUUAGAUGUAUGUGGCCACCCAGAGAUAAGAAACUAUCGUAAAGAAGUAGUGGAAGAGAUCAAUAGAUUGCAAACAUAUCUGGAUCUGGAAGAAGAAGCAGAUUCCACUUAUGCUUAUGACUUGGCACAAAAUGGAUCCAUUAUAAAAAUAGAAGAAAUACGCCAGAACAUGAAAGAAGUUAAAGUUUCCCUUUUAAAAAUAGAGAAAGCUUCAGAUUUGUAUCUAAAGUCAAAGACAGAGCUGCAGGGGUUAAUCGCCCAGUUAGAUGAAAUAAGCCCAGGCAAUAAUCCCUGCAUCCGAGAAGCCAGGAGGCGAGCUGUGAUAGAAGUGCAAACCCUCAUAACCUAUACUGACUUAAAGGAGGCACUUCUUAAACAACAAACUUUUGUAGAGCAAACAGAAACAGAAAUCCCGUCACAAAAAGCAGUCUGGAAUAUUCUUGGAAAUGUGGCUCAGAUUCAACAAGAGGUGUUGUCUUUUGAUGGGAACAGAACUGAUAAGAACUACAUGCGGCUAGAGGAGCUCCUCACCAAACAGCUUCUAGCACUUGAUGCUAUAGAUCCUCAAGGAGAUGAGUGUUCAAAAGUAUCGAGAAAACAGGCAGUGAAGCUUGCACAGAACAUUCUUUACUAUUUGGACAUGAAAACUGAUGAAUGGGAGUACUAAAAUAAUAUUGGUCUUAUGUGCUAGAUGUUGGUUUCUCUCUUGCACUUUAUAACAGUAGUUCCAUCAUUUGCUCAUCUCUUUGAGGUUGAGUAAAAGUUGGAUUGGGUUAAGCAGCAACUUUUUUCCUGCUUGUGCAAUCAGGCAGUGAAGGCAGUCCAUGUACCAAUUAUGUUACAAUUUUUGUCAUAGCCUGUUACAAUUUUUGUCAUAGCCUGUUUUCAGUUGCUUGCAUGAUUUGUGAACAAGACUCCCAAAACUGCAUCUCCAGCUGUUACCUAAAGCUUUCCAUAUAAAAUUCUACAUCAAGACAAAAUACAGUCUUGCAAAAUCAAAGCAAAACUAAUGAGAAAAUCCAGAGCAAAUGUCAGUCAGCCUUAAACCAGUUUAGAUAUUUGCAGUUGUCUGGUUCAAUCCAGUUGCAAUCCAAAGGAUUAAAUGCAAAUUACUCAUGGCUGUUUUGUGUGUUUGAUUUAAUAUUGCUGAUCUUUCAUCUGAGAUUUUUUUAAUAGUUUGGCGUAAUAUGAAACAUGAACAUAUCUGAAAUAUAAAUUUGUAAUUGCGUACUUUCUUCUGACUUCCAUAGGAUUAUUUCAGAAUUAACAGACAGUCAAUCAGCUUGCACAUUCUGGAGUUCUCAUUAUGUAAACUAGAGGAACACCAGGAUAUAGAAAUGGUUCGACUUUAAAAAUAGAAUGCAUAGCAUAGGUUGAACAAUAUAUAUUGCCUGAAUUAUGGUGAAGUUUUCAGUAACCAAACAAUGAUCCUGAAUUUGGGAUCUUAAUAGCUGUGGAGAUAUUUUCCUUUAAUUUUGUGAUGAUUUGGUAGAUAUUUGGCAACUUGUCAAAUAUUCCUUUGCAUUUUUUGGAUAGAUUCAUCAUUUCUUUUUGCAGACUGUUACUUUUUCUAAGAUUUCAUGUGCUGCUGUUACAGCUUAGAGUGUUGUUUAAAAUUUUCU